AUGCGUACCAAGAGGAGACUCUUGUACCUUCCGGAUGAAGAGGCCACACUUCUGGGAGAUCUCACGGACUCACCGCGCCCACGCCCCUCCCGUCUCUCUCGGCUAGCAAUUUUUUCUUCGGACGAUGAGAAAAAGGCUGCUUCAGUGGAUGACGGCACAGAAACUCCGGGCGCGGAGGUGGUGGACCGUGCAUUGCUCGUUUCUUACAACAGUUUUGCGCUGGCUGAUGGGUCAGGUAAUUUUCGUCGACCAAUGACAGCUGGAGAGGCCAUGGCGCUUUAUAGAUCUCUUCGGAAGUGUUGCCGUUUUCUGCGCACUUUUUUGCAAGAAAAAUCGAUGUCUGAAACAUCAACGGAUUCUUUAUCAACUUCUACUUCUGAACCUAGUGAGUCUUCCGAUUCCGAGAGUGAGUCCGAGCCUCGUCAACGGUGGCAUGGGCGGCGUCCUAAACAAGCGGAGACUUUGAUGACAAAUGGGGAAAAUUAUGCCGGAAUGACUGUUGCGGAGCUUCGGGAACUCCUGAGAACGAGAAAUUUGCCGAUUUCUGGUCCCAAAGCCCUUCUUGUUUCUCGCCUCCAGGGAAAUGAUGAAGGAGCAUCUAAAAUGGAGGAAGACGGCCAGUCUACUCUAAUGGUGUCUGAGCGUGGCAACAACGAAAGUUCCGAUGCAAAUUCUUUUUUUUCCAUAGAAUCCGAAGUUGCAAAGUCCUCUCAGAACGUGUGGAGUGCUAUCGUUAAUAUGGGAUCGAGACUUUUCCGUAAAUCCACUGGUUCUCUUCCUGAAGAGAAUAAGAAUUUGUAUCGCAAGCGUCAACGAAUUGAAUAG